CCAGGGGAAAGGUUGAUUUGAUCAGCUGGUCUCUGCAGAUAUCGGACUUCUACAAACAAUGUAGCUAGCAAAAGUGCUGAUAGUCAGCGGUGCUGGGGAGAAAACAACGGCACCCUGACCUCAUCUUUACCCGGCUUCUUACCGAGAAUUCGUUGCCAAACUACAUCACCGGCGCUGCCUAGUAUUGCUGUCAAAUCAAAUGCAAUAGUGAUAGACGGUGUUUCACAUCCUUUGUCGCUUUUCUUUCACAUUGUGCUUUUACAUUUCAGUGAUGCGAAAGCGAAAUAACUCGCUCACCGUGGACCAUGACAGCUCUUCCACCAACACAUUGCUGGACAGCAGUCCGGAUAUAAACUACUGUCACAAGAGAGGGGAAGGGGUUCCUGAGCCUUGUGUACCAUCUAGCUCGGAAUCAGACAAAAAAAUGGGCAGACCAUUUCGAAGAUAUGGCCUAAUGGGCAGAUUGAAGAGGAUCCUCCUGUGGGUGCUGGGAGUCUACAUAACCAUCCCCUUCCUCGUCAAACUAUGCCCCUCAAUUCAGGCAAAACUAGUAUUUUUAAAUUUUGUGCGGCUGCCCUAUUUCAUUGACUUGAAAAGGCCACAAGACCAUGGGUUGAACCACACCUAUAACUUCUACCUGCAGCCAGAGACUGGUGUCAACAUUGGUGUAUGGCACACAGUCCCAGACCAGAUGUGGAAAGAGGCGCAGGGGAAGGACAGAGAGUGGUAUGACAGUACCUUUAAAUCGCCCUAUCCAGUCAUGCUGUACCUUCACGGCAACGCUGGGACAAGAGGAGGGGACCAUAGAGUUCAGCUCUACAAGGUCCUUAGUUUAUUAGGCUACCACGUAGUCACAUUUGAUUAUAGAGGUUGGGGUGAUUCAGACGGGAGCCCCUCUGAGAGCGGAAUGACGUCAGAUGCCCUGUUCCUCUACCAGUGGAUGAAGGAGAGGGUGGGGAGCAAACCCCUCAACGUCUGGGGCCACUCACUGGGGACAGGGGUGGCCACUAACCUAGUCCGACGUCUGUGUGACAGAGGGACGCCCCCAAACUCCUUAGUCUUGGAAUCUCCAUUCACCAACAUCCGAGAGGAGGCCAAGAGCCACCCCUUCUCUAUGGUCUACCGGUACCUUCCAGGCUUUGAAUGGUUCUUUUUAGAUACCAUUUCAGCAAACGACAUUCGAUUUGCCAGUGACGAAAAUGUGGACCACAUAUCCUGUCCAUUGCUUAUCCUUCAUGCCGAGGAUGACUCAGUCGUGCCCUUCCAUCUAGGGAAGAAGCUGUACAACAUUGCUUCCCAGUCCAAGAGCCUGAGUGGACACAAGCUUCAGUUCAUCCCCUUUCCUGUCUCUCUGGCCUACAAGCACAAGUUCAUCUACAGGAGUCCUGAGCUGCCACACAUACUCAGUGACUUCCUUGGCACGACUCAUCCCCAUGCAUAACCGACAAGAACAUUUCCACCUGUCCAUUGUUUCCUCUUACAACCCCCACCCACCCCCCACACACGCGCACACACACACACUGAAACUCUUUGACUGUAUGCUUUAUGGUUGGUGUGUACAUAUCUCAUAAAACAUUGAAAUGUACACGCAUGGACUGAAGAUGAUGCAUCCAUUCCUUUAUUUAGCAUUCCUUUGACACCUAAAAUUCCUGCAAGACAUAAACGGAACACUGGCAAAGAGCGAGGGAUGGACAACUGGCUUGGCUUGUUGUCAAGGUUACACAAACCAAGAGGAUGGCUUGAGCACAAAGAUGAAAUAUGCACAUAUUUUAAGGAGCCAAGACAAACAUCAUGGAGUGGGAAGAACAGUGGAUCGAGCAGGGAAGCAGUGUUUUUAAUUGCACAAUGUUUGGGGAAUAGACAUUCAUACACAAGGCGAGGAAGGAGAACGUUUUUCAUUUUACAACUCAUCUGCAGCACAGAGCAAAUUCUGUUUAUACCAGUCCAGUUUAUUUUCCCAAUUUUAUUUUUGUUACAUUACAGAUCAUGAUUUAAAAGUAUCUAUUAUAUUUGACUGAUCUCAGAUGAGACAUUUUGGAUUCUAGCUUUUCUCUAUUAAAGGAAAUGUAUAACUUGAAUUAAAUAUUAUACAUUUGACCUAACAUUGAUAUUGGUUUUGGGCUUGUCAGUCUUAUUAUUGUCCGCCUUAAAGAGAAGACUAGUCGCUUUAUUUUAGAACCCCUUAGGACACUUCAGGGCAAGCUCAUGAAUUUUAACAUUUCA